AUGGCAGCCAAGCAGCCUUCGUCAAGGUGGUGGUUCUGGACCAAGGUCCUGAUGGGUGGUGCCGUAGUCGCAGUUGGAGGACCGGCCUUUACCAUGUGGUUAACACCUACUGAGGAAGAACUCCGAUCGAGAUACAAUCCCGAACUGCGCAAAAAGAGUCUGGAGAACCGCGAGGAGCGACAGCAAGAUUUCGAUGACUUUGUGACCCGGCUGAAGGCGUAUUCAAAGUCGGACAAGCCAAUCUGGGUUGUUGUGAAAGAGGAGGAGGAGCGAAAGCGAAAGAAUGCUGCCGCUGCCGCAAAGGCCUCAAAACUUGAGACCGAGUCUCGACGAGAGGAGAUGAGAAGAGAGGCUGGUCUGGAUGCAAAGUAA